AAGGAGCAGUGGAGCGUUUUUAUUGUUCUCUUCACGGUUUGUUGCUUUUCUUUUUUCGGUCUAGUAUGCACAAAUUUUCAUUCAGGAUGUGAAGGGAACCUGUUAACUCAACAUGUGUGGCUGUUGCACGGCAGACUGAGGUGAAAUGAGUAGACAGGCGGAGAUGAGCCUCAGAGUGAACUGUGGGGGGAUGAAGAGUUGAAAAUGCGCUCAGAGCAGACAGGAGCGGCGUGGCAGACUCACGGAGGCAGAGCUGCGGGGAGGACGGCUCUACUAGCUCUCGGCCGCACCGAGGCUUUUCUGAAAAGGUCGGGCAGCUGCGGAGCCCCUGAAGGCACCAUGGUCGUGUCGGUGCGGAGCUGGGUCGCCAACGAAGGAGGGAAGCACUUGGUGCUGAUGCUGUGGCUGGGAGGUAACACCUGGCUCUUCAUGAACACCUUCCUGCUCUACUCCACUGGCCAGCAGUACCACUACCUCUACAAGAUGCUCGGGCUAGGGUUGUGCAUCAGCAGGGCGUCUGCAUCUGUGCUGAACCUGAACUGCAGCUUGGUGCUGUUGCCCAUGUGUCGCUCCCUGCUCACCUUUGUACGAGGAACUCACGCGGUGUCAUCCAGAAAGACACGCAGACUGCUGGACAAAAGCAAGACCUUUCAUGUGGCAUGUGGCGUUGCCAUCUGCGUCUUCUCCGUUGUGCACGUUUCAGCCCACCUGGUGAAUGUCGUCAACUUCAGCGUAAGCUACUCGGAUGACUUUCCUGCUCUCAAUCUGGCUCGCUACAGAGGAGAGGAUCCUAAGAUGAUCAUUUUGAGCACAAUCCCAGGAAUUACUGGUGUGCUGCUGGUUCUCAUCCUCUUCCUGAUGUUCAUGUCCUCCUCCUACUGCGUAAGAGUGUCCAACUAUGAGAUCUUCUGGUACACGCACAACCUCUUCAUCAUUUUCUACAUCAUCCUGAUGGUGCACAUGGUCGGUGGUGCUCUAAAAUAUCAGACCAACAUCGAAGCCCACCCCCCCGGCUGCCUCCGAGCCAAUCAGAGCGGCGCAGAGCAGCAGGGCGAAGAUCUGGAGCAGGGCGAGGAUGAGGAGGGCCGAUGCAGAGAGGACGCUCGCUUCCAGCCACAUUACCCCCAGACGUGGCUUUGGGUGUCAGGUCCUCUCUGUCUCUACUGCGUGGAGCGUUUCUACCGCUACAUCCGGAGCAGUGAUCCCGUUACCAUAGUGACAGUCGUCAGGCAUCCUUGCGAUGUCAUCGAGUUGCGCAUGUUGAAGAAAAACUUCAAAGCUCGACCCGGACAGUAUAUUGUUCUUAACUGUCCAGGUGUCUCUUCGUUUGAGAACCAUCCCUUCACUCUAACAACGUGUCCCACAGAGAACAAGGAAACCUUUGGCAUCCAUCUGCGAGUCGUGGGAGACUGGACGGAACGGUUCACACAGCUGUUACUUCCUCCUCCAAAGAUAGACUUGGAGAUCCUUCCCAUGUUCCAACAGAGGAGAUACCCCAAGCUUUACAUUGACGGUCCUUUUGGAAGUCCAUCAGAGGAAGUAUUCAACUACGAUGUCAGUCUUUGUGUUGCUGGCGGAAUAGGAGUCACACCGUUCGCCUGUGUGCUGCACGCUCUGCUUGACGGCUGGACGGGUUUCAGGUUGCAGAGGUUGUACUUUGUGUGGGUCUGCAGGGAGCUCCAGUCCUUCUACUGGUUUGCAGAGCUGCUGUGUGCUCUGCAUCACAAGCUUUGGCAGGAGAACAGACCAGACUACUUUAACCUGAAACUUUACAUCAGUCAGACAGACGGCCUGCAGAGCAUGUCUGAGGAGAAGUACCGGCUGCUCUCAUCGAGGCUGCUGGUUGGUCGACCCGAGUGGAAGUUACUUCUAGAUGAGAUUGGAAAGAGCAAUAAGCAUAAACGAGUCGGGGUUUUCUGUUGUGGACCGAAGGGCAUCUCCAGGACUCUGCACAGACUGUGUAACUCAGCACGAUCCUCUGGAACCACAUUCGAAUUCAACAAGGAGUCGUUCUGCUGAUCGAACAUCACAGCUGGUUCUACACUUCCAGGGUAACCUCAGUGAAAAACAACUAGUUUGGGAUGGAUGGAUUUUCAUUCAUUAUGGGACAUAAUCUCUGUAGUCGAAGUAAAUUUCUGAACAUCUUUGACUGAUCUUGGUUACUUGAAUUGUCGUUCACAUCUAUGAAUCAGUGAGAUGUCAUUUAACUCAAAUACUCAGACUAUAUAUUUUAUGUGGUCUCAAAUGGCUCAGCGGGGCAAAAUUUGACGUGCAGCGUGAGGCCUGUUGCUCCCCACAGAUCAACCCAUCCUCCAUCGACUGCAGCAUCUGAUCCAAUCUUCAUGUGAGAAAAACUGAAGAAACCACCUCCCUGUUUGGACUCUUCUCUCAUGGUACUCUGUUUUUCUCAAGUCGCUGUCUUAUUUUUGUCCCGAUGUACCCCUCUGUGGAGUAAAUUUGUUUUCUCAUGCAGGAGUCUGAUGUGGGAAUAAGGUUUGACUCAGACUCGACCACAGACACAACAAGAGGAUAUAACACGAGAUGGAAUUCAUCUUUCAGUAGACCAGAACUGAGCGGUCACUCAGGGAUGAGACAAAGUGCUUUUAUACUAACAUGCAAGAAAUAAGCAGAGCCACAUGGGCAAAUCAACCAAUGGCCAGUUUAGUGUCAGGCUGACUUCCUUUAACAUUUGUUUGACUUUAGACAGCAAUGCUACAAAUUCUCCAAAGCAAAAAUACUAAGUUUUAGAGCCACACUCAUACAACUCCACCUCAGGAUUCACUUUUGUUCUACCAAUGCCAAAAUAAAUGGGCAUCUGGUUUGGCAUAUUCACUGUGAUAAAACAUUUGUUUUGUUGGCAUCCAAAAAUAGCUCCUCUACUUUAAGCCAAACUGUAGGAAUGCUAGCCCUCUGAUCCUUACAGUAAUGUAGAUUAAGUUACCUUAGCGUGUGCACAGAAAAUUCAUGAAUGUCUUUCAGAUUUUUAAACAUUUGAUAAGGAAACUAGAAACUUAAGUGGGGACAGGACUUCAGCUCUCUACAGAUUGGUUGUUGUUAGAUCUAUACCACAUAUUAUUUGCAAAGCCAGAAGACGGAACUGAAUCUUACAUUGAUCUGUGAGAUCAUCUUAUCAGAAUUGGAGGCAAUUUCCUCUCAAAGAGAAAAGGAAUGAAACAAAAAUGGACAUCUAAUGAAUACUUGAUGCAGUCUUUGUUUUCAUUUUAUUGUUGAACCUUGUUCAUAUUUGUUUCACAAAUCUUAUACAAAGAAAACCUACACUACACUUCAAAGCAGUAUUUUUAGUGACAGUUGUUUUUUCAAUUUAUUUAUAAUGUUUAAAAUUGUUAUGCAAUAUGUAAUAUGUCAAACUUUUAUAUGGGCUUUGGCAAUUUCAGUAUUUUCACCUAUCUUUACGGUGUAAAGUUCCUGAUAGAAAGUAAUGGGAAUGCUCAUGGAAAUCUAAAUUAAGACUAAAUUAGUAACUCUGAUGCUACAUAACUGGAAAUACCAGGAAAUUAUGAACAUCUUUAUCUGUUGCAACUGAAACAACCAUUUUGUCACAAACUGCAACUGUAGUUUGAAAAUUUUAAAAUACAUGUACAUUUUAAAUUGUAUGUCUAUUUUCAGGAUUGUGUUCUGAAGAAAAAGGAAAAAUCUAGAAUAAAGAGAUUUUCUAUUUAUUGUA